UUAACAGCGACUUUAUAAAGUCCAUAAACCAACCAAGAUGAAUGAAAAGGACAUUGAACAAGGUGGAGUCGCCGUGAUGCCGAAAACAGAUCUGAGUUGGAUUCCAAAUUUCUUUAAAAAGAGAGUGUGCACAACAUUUGUGGAGGACUCUUUCAGCAAUGGUGGUCUGUGUCAGUGUGGGUCCACGCGAGACACACACCCCUCAGUGGCCCUGGGCGAUAACUUCAGCACAGCCACGGUCAGUCACUGGGACAGCACACAGCACUCCUCCGAACAGCCCACAGACGCCUAUGGAGAGCUGGAGUUUGCUGGGACCGCCAAGAGACACAGCUAUUUUUUGCGUCUCUCCAGCACUGCUGAUUCUUCCAGGGUCUUCAAUAUCAUGAGGGAGCAUUGGAAACUGCCGCAGCCCAACCUGGUGUUGUCAGUGGUUGGUGGUGAGAAAAAGUCAGAGGUCAAGACCUGGGUGCGAGACGUGCUGAGGCAGGGGCUGGUUAAAGCUGCACAGAGUACAGGUGCGUGGAUCAUAACCGGAGGGUUGAUGGAAGGCCUCGGCAGGUGUGUAGGAAAAGCUGUGAAAGAUCAUGCCACCGCAACGUCUUCUGUCACUCUCAGUAAAGUGGUACUUAUUGGCAUCGCUCCCUGGGGCCUGGUGAGGAAUCGGGAACAGCUCGUCAACCCUGAGGGAAGUUUCCCCGCAAAGUAUUUAGUCAAAAACGGAGCACGGGACUCUUGCUAUCUGGAUAAUAAUUACAAGGCUUUCCUUCUGGUGGAUGAUGGGACCAUAGGGCGUAAAGGUGGUGAGGUUGCCUUCAGAGCCCGUCUGGAGGAUUACAUUUCACGUCAGCGCACAGGGAGUGCAAGUAUUAACAUUCCUGUUCUGAAUAUGCUGAUAUCUGGAGAAGCUUCCAUGCUGGAGGCAUUAGAUAUCUCUCUGAAGAAUUCCAUGCCCUGGUUGGUCCUGGCUGGUUCGGGAGGGCUUGCCAAUCUUGUGUGUGACAUCGUGGAGAACGUGCAAUCUGCUCCGAUGCCCUCAACUGGAGGAGCAGAGAAGGAGGAAGGGACUCCCAACAUGGAGCUUAGAGAACGAUUGGCGGAGAAAGUAAAGAUAUACUUCCCUUCAGAGCAGGAGAUGGACAAACAUGUUGACAGGGUUUUCAGCAUCUACCAAAACAAAGACCUCAUCUGCAUUUAUAACGCGGAACAGGAAGGAGUGGAGGAUUUUGACACUGUGAUACUUAAAGUCCUCGUUCAAGCGAGUAAAAAACAUGCUACGGGCAAUUCUAAUCCCUAUACUGAUGAGUUGAAGCUUGCUGUAACAUGGAACAGAGUGGACAUUGCCAAGAGUGAACUCUUCAAUGGAGACAUCGAUUGGAAGUACGAUGAUCUGAAAGAUUCCAUGACUGACGCGCUGAUAAACAAUAAACCCCAGUUUGUGCGUCUCUUCAUUGAUCAUGGUCUGAACAUUUUGAGCUACCUGACUUACGAAAAACUGGAAGAUCUUUACAACUCCAUCCCUGACAACAGCCAGGCCGGCAAACUGCUGCAGCAUAUCCUGAAGGAGCGCAGGAACGAGUCCAGCAAUGAUAAGAAAUACGGCAUUAGCAUUUAUGAGGUGUCCCAACUCCUGGAGGAUCUGUUAGGGGAGGUAUGCCAGCCCUUCUAUAAAUCUGUACUGAUGCUGGACAAAAGUUCUACCAAAAGAAAAGCUUUUAAGAAAGCAUGCCAGGUCCUGCAGGGGGAGUGUAGCUAUCGGAAGCAGCAAUGUCAGCACGCGUGGUUAUGUCUCUUCAUCUGGGCAGUGCUGCAGAACCGCAGUGAGAUGGCCAUCUUCUGCUGGGAAAUGUGCGGCGAGUCUGUACUGACGGCUCUGGGAGGAUGUAAACUGUUGAGGGAGCUGUCUAAACAGGGGAUUGAGACAGAGGCCAAGCUUUCCAUUAAGGAGUUGGCCCAGAAGUUUGAGAAUAUGGCUCACGAUGUGUUUAGCAUGUGCUACCAAACCAAAGCCAGUGAUUCCUUUAAGCUACUGAUUCGCAAGUCUGAUAUGUGGGGUGACGCCACCUGUCUGAAGAUGGCCAUGGCUGCUGACGCCCGUAUUUUCUUCAGCCACGAUGGAGUACAGUCGCUGCUGUCUCAGAUCUGGUGGGGUCAGAUGGAGAGAGGAACUGAGCUCUGGAAACUUGCUCUGACUAUGGUCAUUCCUCCUCUCUGCUACACCAACCUCAUCAAAUUCAGGUCAGUACAGGGUCACGCAGAAGACAAAUUGGUGAUGGUACCUCCACCCUCAGUAACAGACUGUCACCACACAGAAACUGUCUUCUCCUUCAAUGACAUCAAACACCACAGUGAAGCAGAGCAAGAGGAUCAUAUCAGACGACCAACAAAAGGUACCUUUGCACAUGUCAAACCUAAGGAGCCCUUUCUUUUUUCCCGCUGGAGGCAGUACUGGUACGCUCCUGUCACUUCAUUUAUCGGCAACGUUCUGAUGUACUUCCUGUUCCUGUUUCUGUACGCCUAUGUGCUAUUGGUCGACUUCAAGCCACCUCCCCCUUAUGGUCCUGCCCCUUCGGAGUACGUGCUGUAUUUCUGGGUUUUCACUAUCUUGUGUGAGGAGAUUCGAGAGGUAGGUGCCGACACGGAUGCUUCACUUGUAAAAAAUCAGCUUACAAGUGAUCAUUUGAUGCUGUAUGCUAAGGAUGUGUGGAAUAAGUGUGAUGUUCUUGCCAUCUCCCUCUUCAUUGCUGGUCUGUGCUGCAGGAUGUUCAAAUCGUCAUACAGCAUGGGACGUGGUAUACUGUGUAUUGACUACAUGGUCUUCACACUCCGACUCAUUCACAUUUUCGCUGUUCAUAAACAGCUGGGUCCCAAAAUCAUCAUACUUGUCAAAAUGAUAAAGGAUGCGCUCUUCUUCUUAUUCUUCCUGGCGGUGUGGCUGAGUGCGUAUGGAGUGGCCAAUCAAGCUCUACUAUAUACAUACGAUCCAAGCCCUACCAGAGCGUUUCGUCGAGUAUUGUACAGACCAUAUUUGUAUAUAUUUGGACACAUGCCUUUGGAAGAAAUAGACACUGGCGAGUAUUGGGAUAGGGACUGCACAGAUAAUGUCACAUUGAUUGAUGAAGGGAAAGAGCCAUGUAGAGACACCAGCCACAACUGGCUUGUGGUCAUUUUGCUGGUCAUCUUCCUACUGGUCACCAACAUCCUACUUAUCAACCUGCUUAUUGCCAUAUUCAGCUAUACAUUCACUAAGGUUCAGGAGCGCAGUGACACAUACUGGAAGUUUCAGCGCUAUAAUCUAAUAGUGGAAUAUCAUUCUCGUCCAAAUCUCGCUCCACCCUUCAUCAUCCUCUCCCACAUCAACCUCUUCAUCAAAAGAAACCUCUGCAAAAUGCCAUCCACCAAAAUCCACCAUUUUGCCGUUCAUUUGAAGGGUAGAGAGGCUAACAAGCUGGUGAAAUGGGAGACCUUGCAGAAGGAGAACUACCUGGCUCUCGAGAGCAAAAAACAAAAAGGGACCGACUCUGAGAGGCUGAAACGCAUGAAUGCUAAGUGA